CCGUUGAUUCGAUCACUUCGUCUCGCAAUCCAUUCCCCUGGCUCCAUUCAUUGCGCCGCCUCCACCUCAAAUCACCUCGACGCUACGGGACAGGGGCGGCCAAGUGGCCUUCUCUCUCUCCGUGGCCCUCUUCCCUCGGACACAGGCAGAGAACAGGAGGCGAUAAGGAAGUAGUCAAGUUCGUGCUUCUUCUUCUUUUUUACUUAUUUUUUUAGAAUUUGUUGAAGUUUCUAUCCUUUUUUUAUUUAGAUGUUGUCAAUAACCAACUUUUGCUGAGAUAGAAGAGCUGGCUAUUCGACCAUAAUUUUAGGCCACUAGAAGUCGCUGGUUAUGAGAGAUUUCCGGCUUUGUUGUUCCGCUCUGUCUUUGGCUAGGACAGGAUAAGAUGCCAUCGACCUACCUGUCGAAGCACAAAGGGCUGCAGACCUCGUCGGAACUCCUACGCGGACGUGGGCGGAGUUUCUUGUUCGGUAACACCUGCUUUGUCUUUUCUGAGCCCUUCUCCACCCUUGGCUGCGCUUUCCGUCUCCUGCCUAAGUCAUCCAUUAGUGAUCUCCACGCCUGUGGUGGCAACCGCCCAUUUCAGAUCUUUUCUUCACCCGCUGUUGCCGCCCAGAAUCUUACUAAUCAGAUUUCACAACCCGUGCGGAGGUUUCCUUUUUGGUGGAACAUAAUGUCUUCCAGCAGUGCUUUUUUGAGAGGAUCUGGGUUGGCCGCCCGCCCUAUGACAAAGGAUAAUUCAAGUUCCAAACUCAUCUUGAACAGCACGAUGAGGGUCAAUCUCUGUUCUUGCAAUAACGGUCUCAACUUCUCAUGGAAAGCUUGUGGGAGCUUAAGGAAUCAAAAACCUUGGGGUUCCAAUAUGGCCUACAAAUGUUUCUGGUCAAAUACUCAUGGUAUGAACUGGAGAUAUAAUUCUUCAGUGGAACCACAGAGUCAAGAUUUAUUGGUUUCAUGUUCAGCACCAUAUUCGACGGGUGCAGCUCCGGAUUUGUCAUUUGAUGCAACUGUGCAGGAGGAGCAGAUUCAGAAUCCUGUUGUUUCUUCUGAACAAAAGAAUCAAGAUCAUGAAUUCUUGAAGCUGCUCUCUGGAUCUUGCUAUUUACCUCACCCGGACAAAGAAGAUACUGGAGGAGAGGAUGCUCAUUUUAUUUGUUCUAAUGAGCAAGCUGUUGGUGUGGCAGAUGGAGUUGGUGGAUGGGCUGAUCUUGGUGUUGAUUCAGGACAAUAUGCUAGAGAACUCAUGUCUAAUUCAGCGAAUGCAAUUCGGGAGGAGCCAAAAGGUUCCAUUGAUCCCUUAAGAGUUCUUGAAAAAGCUUACUCAAUAACAACAGCUAGGGGCUCAUCCACGGCAUGCAUUAUAGCUCUCACUUCCCAGGGCAUCCAUGCUCUCAAUCUAGGAGACAGUGGAUUCAUUGUUGUGAGAGAUGGAUCCACACUCUUCAGGUCACCUGUACAACAGCAUGAUUUCAAUUUUACCUAUCAGCUUGAAAGUGGCAAUGGCAGUGACCUCCCCAGCUCUGCACAAGUAUUCAAUUUCCCUGUUGCAUCAGGCGACAUAGUCAUUGCUGGAACUGAUGGCUUGUUCGAUAAUUUGUACAACAAUGAAAUCACUGCAAUUGUCAUCCAGGCCACCAGAGCUAGCCUUGGUCCUCAGGUUACUGCUCAGAAGAUUGCUGCGCUUGCACGGCAGAGAGCGCAAGAUAGGAACCGGCAAACUCCCUUCUCAGCAGCUGCUCAGGAUGCUGGAUAUCGCUACUACGGAGGCAAACUCGAUGACAUUACUGUGGUUGUUUCCUAUAUCACUGCAUCUGAUGUUUAAAUCAGGACAAUUUCUACUUCUGACUUGUACAGGAGGCUCCUGGUAUGGGAGUCUAAACAUUUUUCUAAGUUUCUUUUCUAA